AUGGAAGAAAAUAUGGAAGAAGGGCAAACCCAGAAAGGAUGUUUCGAGUGCUGCAUCAAGUGUCUGGGGGGCAUUCCCUAUGCCUCCCUGCUUGCUACCAUCCUUCUCUAUGCUGGGGUGGCACUGUUCUGUGGUUGUGGCCAUGAAGCCCUCUCUGGGACAGUCACAAUUCUGCAAAAUAACUUUGAGGUGGUAAGAGGUGCUGGAGACACCUUAGAUGUGUUCACCAUGAUUGACAUCUUCAAGUACGUCAUCUACGGGCUGGCAGCUGCCUUCUUUGUCUAUGGCAUUCUCCUGAUGGUGGAAGGAUUUUUCACUACCGGAGCCAUCAAGGAUCUCUAUGGAGACUUCAAAAUCACCACCUGUGGCCGAUGCGUCAGUGGCUGGUUCAUCAUGCUGACGUACAUCUUCAUGCUGGCAUGGUUGGGAGUGACAGCCUUCACCUCUCUGCCUGUCUUCAUGUACUUCAACAUCUGGACAGUCUGCCAGAACAUCACCAUUGCGGAUUCCACUGAUCUCUGCUUUGAUCUUCGUCAGUUUGGUAUUGUUCCUAUUCUGGAACAAAAGACAGUCUGCACCUUAAAUGAGAGCUUCAGCAAGUUGUGCCUAUCUCCUGAGCUGAACAUGACAUUCCACUUGUUCAUCGUGGCCCUGGCUGGUGCAGGAGCUGCCGUCAUCGCUAUGGUUCAUUACUUAAUGGUGCUCUCUGCUAACUGGGCCUAUGUGAAGGAUGCCUGCAGAAUGCAAAAGUACGAGGACAUCAAAUCAAAGGAGGAACAGGAAUUGCAUGACAUUCACUCCACCCGCUCCAAAGAGCGGCUAAAUGCCUACACAUAAAGAGCCCCUGCCCCCUUGCUCACACCAGUUACUGCUUUUGUGUCUGACUAAAGCUUAACAAUUGACUUACGACC